GUGGGCCCCUCUCCUCCAACACACGGAUUACAAGGGGAUUUGGGAAGAGGCUGACAAGCCCAUUGAAGAGCGGCUCAGGGAGAGGUUACCUCUGCCCUCUCUCUCCUCGCCCUGUCUUUGGCUGAGGACAGAGCCCAGCCCGGGGCAUGGAGGCCGGCUGCGCCGAAACGUGGAGGCCGGGGUAGGGCCCGAGGCACGCUCCUCAGAGAAUGGCACCCAGGCCGAGGUGCCCGAGGAAGCCGCAGCCCAGUAUGCCGUCAUCGCCAUAGUUCCCAUCUUCUGCCUCAUGGGCCUGCUGGGGAUUCUGCUCUGCAACCUUCUCAAGAAGAAAGGCUAUCACUGCACGGCCCACAAAGACGGCGGUGAAGAGGCCGGGCUUGAGGGCAAGAACGGGACCAACCCUGCCUACCGGAUGGAUGACCCCAACGAGGACACCAUUGGGGUCUUAGUCCGGCUGAUCACAGAGAAGAAAGAGAAUGCGGCCGCCCUGGAGGAGCUGCUGAAAGAAUACCACAGCAAACAGCUUGUGCAGACCAGUUACAAACCUUUGCCCAAGUAAGCCA